AUGGUCUCCUUCACUUCUGUCACCGUUGCCGCCGUCAUGGCCUUCACUGCCCUCGCGGCUCCUACCACCGACACUACACGUGCCCUCGAGUCUCGCAGCCAGAGCGGCUCCAUCACUUGGUUCAACCCCGGCCUUGGGGCCUGCGGCAGGACCAACACCGACAACGACGCCAUCGUCGCUGUCUCUUCUGCCAUCUACGACAAACAGAGCCCUUGCGGCCGCAACAUCCGCGUCCAGUACAAGGACAAGUCGGUCACUGUCAGGGUUGUUGACCGCUGCCCCAGCUGCGCCGAAAAUGACCUCGACCUCUCGGCCUCGGCCUUCCAGUCGCUCACUGGCGACAAGGGACUCGGUCGUGUUCAGGGCACUUGGGACUGGGCUUGA